AAAACAACACAAACAUGUGAAUAUUAAAUUAAUACGCAUUGGGGUUGUUUAAUGAGAAACGAUUAAAGGAUAGAAAAAUGAGAGACAUUGAUCUUGAUCCAGCUUUCAUACAAUCCACAGAACAUCGUCCAAAAGCGAAGGUGGUUGAAGCUAGUGGGAUUCCAGUGAUCGACCUUUCAGAAGACAGAAAAGAAUCACUGGUUUCGAAGAUAGGAAAGGCGUGUGAGGAGUGGGGAUUUUUCCAAGUAAUAAAUCAUGGGGUUCCCUUGGAGCUAAGUAGAAGGGUUGAGAUUGAGGCCAAGAAGUUCUUUAUUGAUUUGAGCUUAGAGGAGAAGAAGAAAGUUAAAAGAGACGAAAUCAAUGCGUCGGGGUACCACGAUUCGGAGCACACCAAGAACGUCAGAGACUGGAAAGAGGUGUUUGAUUAUUUUGUUCAAGACAACGCACAAGUCCCAUCUUCUCUUAUUGACCCACAUGACUUUGGGCUCACCACUCUCACCAACCAAUGGCCACAAAAUCCUCCUCAUUUUAGGGAAACAAUGGAGGAGUAUGGACGACAAGUGGAAAAGCUAGCUCUGAAGUUGUUGGAGCUGAUUUCAUUGAGCUUAGGUUUGGCUGGUGACAAAUUCCAUGGCUACUUCAAGAGCCAACUCAGCAUGUUGAGGCUCAAUUACUAUCCCCCAUGUCCAUUCCCUGACUUGGCACUUGGUGUUGGUCGCCACAAAGAUUCCAGUGCCUUAACAUUGCUUGCCCAGGAUGAUGUUGGAGGCUUACAAGUUAAGAGAAAAUCAGAUGGUGAGUGGAUUCCAGUUAAACCCACCCCAAAUGCACUUAUUAUCAAUGUCGGGGAUAUAUUUCAGGUUUGGAGCAAUGACAAGUAUGAGAGUGUGGAGCACAGGGUAGUGGUGAACACAAAGAGGGAAAGGCUUUCAAUUCCAUUCUUCUUGUUCCCAGCUCACCAUGUUAUGGUGAAGCCUGCGGAGGAGCUGGUAAACGAGCAAAAUCCUGCAAGGUACAGAGAAUACAACUAUGGCAAGUUUGCUGCUACUAGAAACCGUAGUGAUUUCAAGAAGCGUGAUGUGGAGAAUAUCCAAAUUCAUCACUUCAGGAUCUUGGAUUAGCCAUUUCGAUUGCCAUUUUCAUUCUCAAUAUCAUCUAUGUCUUAACUUAUAUCAAACUCCUAUAAAUGUACUCCACAAGUUUUCAAUAAAAUUAUAGGAAUGAAAAAUAAUUCAAUUACUCUCCUUA